UUCUUCUUGUGCUCUUCUUGCUUCUUCUGCGAGUGAGAGAGGGCCGUCUCUCUGCUUUGUUUGCGCGCGCAUGAUGCACCGCAGACGCGGACACGGCGUGAGCGGCGCAAGACGUGUCCUUCAUCAGAGCAGUCGUGUGGCGCCAAGAGCUUGUCCCUGAGAAUAGCACGCCCAGCCAGCGGAGGGCAAUGUGAAGGCGUGAGAAUGGCGACUGGCGUGAACACGGACGCGAUGCGUCCAGCGCGAAUCACACGAGAACGUCGUCGCAGUGAUGCAAAAAGGCGCAAAAGAGGGCGCGGUCGAAUGAGGUGGGGUUGCUUAACCGAUGCGGCAAAAGAGAUCUUCCGGAAGUGUCUUGCUGCUGCUGCAAAUGAGCUGCUCCGCGGAUCGUGGCAGUCAAACAAUCAAAGCAGCUAUUUCGGCUUGACAGCUUGCAAACACUUUUCCGCGAUUUGUGAGGGCUGUGCUCAGAGCCUGGCGUGGCGUGGCGUGAAGCUAGGCUCGUCUGCGUUGAGGAGUGCAUUCAGUCGGACUGCGGCUGCUGAAAGAGACGCGCACAACAGCCAGCCAGCUUGUGCCAGUACUAUAGAGGGGGAAUCGCACGAGGGCCUCGUGGAUCUCUUUCUCUCUCUCGCCGCCCUGCUUCGCCUGCCUGCAUGCCUGCCUCUCUGGGAUUUCGCUCUUCCCAAAGCCAAAAGGGGGAGAUCUGCUCCCGCUUGACAAAUCCCCCCAACCAAAAAGGGCCUGCCUGCCUGCCUGCCUGCCCCCUUUUUGCAACCGCUCUCCGCGCGCAAGCAAACCAUGCUGUUGCUUCGUUCUGCAAUCACCACGAUGGCGUUCUGGGCAGUGCUGUCGCCCGCAGCUCGAGCAGUGCUAGCACCUACAGUCUACCGUGAGUGUUUCUUGCCCCUCGGAGUCGAGUCGAGCACGUCUCCUGUCCCGCGCGCCCCAAUCAGCUUCUCCACCCUUCUCGACGAGGAGUUGAUGAGAUAGACCUCGCGCUUUUGCGCCCUUCUUCUUCU